AUGGUCAAGUACAUCUUCUUGUGUCUACUGGUAGCUGUAGUUGGAGGUAAUACGUCUAAAAAUAAGACAAAGUGAGAUAUACUUCAUGUUUUGUGUAGUGAUCGUUAUAAGAUUUUUGUUAUAGUAAUGUAAUAUAUAGCACAGUUCUUUAUAGAAGUGGUUGUUAUAAGAGAGUUUGUUACAGCCGGUUCUACUGUAUUAUCUUAUUAUUGUUUAGGCCAGAAGAUCGCGACCAGUGGUACGGUUAUAGGCUUUUUUUGUAAAAUCUGCUACAGUCUUGUUCUAGCCUUACUUUGAACUUACCUAGACCUGUAAGAAAGCCGAACCAUUUAAAAAUGGUUUUAGCUUAAUCAGCUCUAAGUUAGCCCAGCCUAACUUAGAGCUGAAGCCAUGAUUUCGGCUGAGUCUAGCUGCCUUUCUUUCAGGUUUAGCCUAGUCUUAGCCUAGUCAUACGUUAUCCUUGUUCUAGCCCAAUCUUUUGUUACAAGUCUUAUUUUAAGACCCUAGGGCUUUUGUUUAGUCUCGGCUUUUGGCUUUGCACUAUCCGGCCUAAUUCAGGUUUUUUAAUUUGUUUUGGCCUUACCCAGCUUAUUACAAAGCCAGAGCUGGAGCUAAAGCCGGAGCCAAAGUCCACGCUAAAACCGUAGCUAAAGCCGGUGUUAAAACCAGAGCUAAAGCCAGAGCUAAAGCCAGAGCUAAAGCCAGAGCUAAAGCCAGAGCCAAAACCGAAGCCAAAAGCGAAGCUUUGAGACCGAGCCGAGCGUAAAAACCUCUCUUUCACCUUUAGCCCCAGGCUUGUUCUGUCUCUAAUUUACUCUUAAGUCGAAUUUUGAGACAAGGCCAAGCCACAUAUACCUUUCAACUUUAGCCUUACUCUAGCCUUAUUUUACCUCUACCCCAAUCCAACCUUAGCUUAGCUUUAGUCUAAGCUCAAGUCUUAGUAGACCCUUUUCUAAUUUGACCUCAAACUUUAGGAAAUACGUUUGUGGGAGAAGCGUCUUGGUCAGCAUGCUUGGUUCUACCCGGACGAACUGUUAGCGAAGGUUGAGGCAAGCGAGGACGGAAAGUACCAAAUUAGUGGUACUAUUGAUUAUUGGUGGUCACCUGAAUCGUACUUGGAAAUGUAAGAAUUUAUGAAUAUUGGGUCGUUCAAAUAAUUCUGAGCUUUCUAAGGCAGUUCACAUAAUUCUGAGCUCUUUUACAAUUGUUCAAUUAGUUUUGAGCCCUCUAUGUUUUCUCAAAUAUUUCUGUGCCUCUACGGUUGUUCAAAUAAUUCCGUGCCUCCACGGUUGUUUAAAUAAUUCCGUGCCUUUGGAGGCUGUUCAAAUAAUUCAGUGCCCCCUUAAGGUUGUUCAAAUAAUUAUGUGCCUUCUAAGGUCGUUCAAAUGAUUCUGUGCCUCUAAGGUUGUUCAAAUAGUUAUAUGCCCCCUUAUGGUUGUUCAAAUAAUUAUGUGCCCCUUUAUGGUUGUUUAAAUAAUUUUGUGCCUCUUGAUCCUAAAAUUUGCUUUGAGGCUCAGAAUUAUUUGAACAACAUAAUAUACAGAAGUGAAAAAUUUACUGUGUCGUAGUAGACAGCAAUUUAAAAGUUUCUUGUUAUACAUGGGUUUUACUGUAUUUUUUAGUUUCCACACCUGUGGUGGCGAAUGCCGUAAGAUUGAACUGACAUCCGAGAAGAAUGUUACCUCUCUCGAGCUUCUUCACGUUGGAUCUGAUUGCAGAGCCAAGUUGAAGUCGCCAAAAUGA